UGCAGACAAGAAACCGUCUAGAAACGUCUUUUGCAUCCGCCUACACCCUUGGGCUCUGUAGUUCAUUUUUUAAAAUUGUUGGUGGAAAACGGAGCAUGGAUUCAAACAUGUUGAUCACGGUGAAUAUGAGAGCCUAAACGGCCAACGAGCAAAGAACUCCAGAAAACACAAUCUGGAAAAUUAUUUUAAAAACAAACAAAUACACGGUUCAAUUCGUCUGUUGUCAUCUUUCGCCACAAAAACCAAUUUCGAACGAUAAGCAUGUAACUUAAAGGACCUAUCUGACAUGCUUAUCGAUAAGACCUUUUCAUCGCGAGAUUAUCAAUCCUUUAAAGGCCAACUUCUCUAUCACCCCUGUUAUUACUGCAGCAAGUUUCAUUGUUCAUCGUCAUAUAGUUCAUCAUGAAUACCCCUCAGGUAUUAGUGGUUUUGCUAGUAGCAGCUUGUUUUGUUCAUGCCUGCGUUCAUCCGCCCUUGCCCCCAGAUUAUACGAACGAACAAUAUGUCGGUGUGUGGUACGAAAUUGGCAGGAUCCAAACACCGGGUGGGGCGGAAUACCAGAAGGAUUGCAUUUGCACCAAGACCACAGUCACGUCCGAUUAUCCCGUUUGGGGUGACGCUGAAGUCACUUACGAAUGCAGGAACUACACUCCGGAUAACCCAAACAUCACCUCCAUAGACGGUAUUCUAAUUGCGGGUGAAGUUCCUGGAAAUUUCAAUCAGCGAUUUCCACCACUAAUCCGCGGUGUUGAUUAUAACAUUAUCUGGAUCGAUCAAGACACGGCGAUGGAGUAUGAUUGCCGUCUUACCUCAACUAGCGAGGAAUAUUGCGUCCACUUUAUGUCGCGCACAAUCACCAUCGAGCCGGCCAAGUUGCAGUCCAUGGUUGAUUAUGCAGAGGGCCUUGGCUUAAACCCUCUUGGUAUCCCAUACCUAUCGGUUCAGCAAGAGGGAUGUUGGUAAAUUUCAUAAGGUUAAUAUGGAUGUCGAGAUUUCAAUUCUCAAUUUGGAGUAGUGUUGCGGUGUUUACCAAUAACGCUGUACAUAUUUAAAUCCUAAAUUGCUAAAUACAUUUGUUUGACUGCGUA